UCAUUUUCGUCUUUGUCCACCCACGCAAACAUGAAGGUUCUGUGCAUCGUCGCUUUGGGCAUGCUGCUGGCACUAGCAGCGGCUUAUCCUUCAGACAUCAUCGACUUCGAGACGGACCACAUGGAGCACGAGCAGGAGGGUCAGCCAGGAAGGGCCGUCGAGGGCGAGUACUCCUGGGUAGCGCCCGACGGCAACGAGUACGUCGUCAAGUACGUCGCUGACCACCUCGGCUACAGGGUCCUGGACAGCAACGCCAUUCCAGAGGCUCCCGAGGCCGACUUCGAGGAUGGAGAAGAAGAAGAUGAGUUUGACGAAUAAUUCUGGAACCAACGACAGACGGAGAUGGAUUUUAUAGUUAAUUAAGUUGUUGCUCGGAAUUGAUUUAUUACGUGAAUUAUGUUGUGAAUUCGAGGGAUUGAAGCGAAUAAAGUAUUCCCGCAAA